AUGCUUGAAAACCAGGAUCGCUUGAGUUGCCGCCAGUACCUUAUUCAACACAGCUGCAGAUUUGACUUGAUUGAUUUUUACGUGUAUUUCGACUUUUACUCAAGAGAGACUGCAGAAAGGGCGUUCAAAGGAGCGUUACUCAGUGUUAAGCGCGCGUCAAAUAAAGACCGCCAGUUGAAGGCACUAGUGGACAGAUUCGAACAGGACGAUUACAAGGCGCUUGACAAUGAAGACAUCAACAGAUAUUGGGGAAAAAAGAAUGCUCAGAAUAUGACCCUUCAAGCUGCAUAUGUUCAAAAACAACUCCAGUCAAGUGUUAAUAUUGAAAUUGAUGAGUAUCUUUUGAAAAGGAAUCCAAAAAGAUGGUCAACCGGCAGUAAAGAAAAAGAAGAAAUCUUCUCAGAAGAGGAGUUGGAUGAGGAGUACUUAGAUAAUGAAAGCCUUUUAGGCCAAUACUCUACAGACGAUGACAGUGCAGCCAAAGCAAACGUCUCAGAAAACGAACCUACCGAUGAAAACAGUACAGCCAAAGCAAUCGCCUCAGAAAACGAAUCUACAGAUGAUGAAUAUCAAACCAGAGAAAGCACUCCAAGCACAGAUGCUACCCAAGAUGUCGUGGUGAUCAAACCUCGUGUUAUGUUCAAGGAUUACCUGGUGUCUACAAACGCAAGCGAUUUGGUAGAUCUACAAACGGUGCAGAGAAAAUGGAUUUUGAAGAGUGGCUACAACCUUUCAGCAGAGUUCCUAAAAAGACGAAAUGAAUUGGUCGAAAAAUGUGCUGACUGCAGUAUCUCAUUGAAAACAGACGAAGAGCUCUCAAUAAAUGGUAUCAUUCUGUUGGACGACGACAUUGACUCAAACAUGAUUCCGUUUGUCCAAUAUGAAGAAGCCUGCAGCGAGAUGAAAGCCAAUUAUCAAAAAUACAGCGCACAAUCUGCCAACAUUUAUUCUGACGAGAUAUUUCUCUUUACAAAGCUCAUGGUGCAAGGCGACUUUGAUCAAGCAGAAAGUAUACUCGAUGCAUUGAGCCUACCAAACUACAUCAAAACAAUCUUAUACGCAAUGAAGCAAACAUACUGCAAAGGCUACAGCAUUGAAAACGUCAACGAGAACACCGCCAUGAAAGAUGGGAUCUUUCCAUUUUUAGAGAACUACUUUCCUAAUAGCAAGCGAUACACAACCUUUGGAGCAGACAAACAUAUUCAAGAAUCAAAGAAGCGUUUUACUGAUAUGGACCCUUCUCUUACUGACAAUGUUCGCAAGGGAGACUUUUCCAUCGUUUCCAAUCGUAGCAAGCAUCUUAUCUUCGCGUUAGAGUCAAAGUCGGAACGCAACAAAGGUCGAUCAACAGGUGAUUUGCUGAAAAUGGCUAGAUACAUGAAGGAUACGUUGGAUGCCAUCUCAAAUGAAGGUUUUGCUGAUGUCGCACUCGCUGGUAUGGUGACAAGUGGUCAAGGCUGUUUUUGUGUUCCGGUUGACUAUCAUGACAUGUAUAGAAUCAAUGGCAUUUUUCCUUUAAUGGAUCAGCUCAAAAGCGCCCUGCAACAAACCAUCGAUGAGCUCUGCACACUGGAACAUGACAGAAGCCAUCCGACGCAGUUGAAGAGGCUCAAGACUUACCACACACCCGUCCAGCUGUCCAAUACAAGGGUGAAAAAAGUCAACUUGAAUACGCCUGCUGCACAAAGAGCGAAAAGAAAAUUGCAUUUUAGGGUUCCUCUCCAAAAUGAAGCAAACCUCUGA